AUGACGAGUCUUCCCACUCUUGACUUUGCUAAAUUUACCAAUGGCUCGAACCUCGACCAGUUGAAUCUGGGAAAUGCUUUGGUCAAAUCGUUCAGGGACCAUGGAUUUGUAAAAUUGAUCAAUCACGGUCUUCCUGACGCGACCACCAAGGCGUUGCUGAAUUUUUCGAAAGAGUUCUUCAAUCUUCCCGCAGAAAUUAAAGAUGACAUUGUCUGCAUUCGCAGCCCUCACCCUCAGCGAGGGUGGAGCCGUGUGGGCUCAGAACAGACUUCGAAGUUAAGAAAAGAGAACAUCAUAAACCGCAACGCGAGCGAGCUGAUGGACGAACGAGAGCAUUUCGAUGCUGGGCCGCUGGAUGACACUCAAUAUCCCAAUCUUUGGCCUCGCGAGGAUGCUUUGCCCGGAUUUCGAGAAUUCAUGGAGCAUACCUAUCAGCAAUGUCAGGAGAUCUCGCUGCGGAUCGUGGCAGCUAUUGAAGUCGGCCUCGGACUACAGCCUGGCGCACUCGUCCGGCGCUGCUGUCCGGCAGCCAGUGAGAUUCGCAUGAACCGCUACCCUCCGGUAUCAAUGGAGCGCUUGGCAGACGGCCGCGUCAAGCGCACCUGGCCACAUACCGAUUUUGGCAUCAUCACCUUGCUAUUUCAGGACCACGUCGGCGGCCUGGAGCUUGAGGACCGAGCCCGGCCUGGGACAUUUGUCCCAGUGACGCCGGUCAAUGUCGGUUCAGGCCAGAAAAGCGAGAUGGUAGUCAACAUCAGUGACACGUUUCAGCGAUGGACCAACGGCGUUAUCAAAGCAGGUCUUCACCAAGUUUCAGCUCCUCCCGCAUACAAGACCAGCGCUGCUGACGGUAUCCUUCUCGAACGCCAUUCGUGUGUUUUCUUCUUCAAAGCCAGUCGUAACACUUCGGCCGGUCCGCUUCCCGAAUUUGUGACCCCGGAGAACCCUGCUCAUUAUGACGAGAUCACCGCGUUGGAGUACCAGCAAAGAAUGACGAAAGAGUUGUAUUAG